AUGAAUAUUUUUAAUUGGAAUAAAGAUACGUUUAAUGGUUAUGACUGUGGUGAUGAUAGUGAUCGUGGUGACCAUGCCGAUGAUAUCCAUGGUGGAGGUGAUCGUCAUGAUGAUCAUGAUGAUGGUGAUCAUGAUGCUUCGCUUCUAAUGAAUGCUUAUGAUGAUGAUGAUGUCCAUGGUGAUGGGAACCAUGGUGGUGACGAUGGUCAUGAUCAUGGUGGUCAUGAAGAUGAUGCUUACGAUCGUGGUGACCAUGCCGAUGAUAUCCAUGGUGGUGGUGAUCGUUAUGAUGAUCAUGAUGCUUCGCUUCUAAUGAAUGCUUAUGAUGAUGAUGUCCAUGGUGAUGGGGACCAUAGUGGUGACGAUGGUCAUGAUCAUGGUGGUCAUGAAGAUGAUGCUUAG